GUGCUUCGUAUACAGUUUGUUUCUUUGAUUCAGAAUUUGAGGAAGACUAGUUGACGUUCUAUUACAGAUUCCUGAGCGGAAGAGUAGACGCGGGUACGUUCAGAGUUUGAGUGAAAAACGACAUGUCAUUUAAAAUAACUUAUUACGGAUGACAUUUGGAAUAAAUAUCAUCUGGAUAACCGAUCCCACGAAAGUGAGAAAUAAAUCUCUAAACCUAAGUAUGGCAUGUCGAUCCUUUUUCACUUUCAAAACUUGAGCUCGCAGGAGAAUCAGAGGGAAGGAUUGAACGGAACGGAACGGUAAUAGUCUGGAGCGUACCGUUCAAUGGCUAGACGACAGGAGAUUCCACCGCCAAACGCAAUAAAACUCCGGGAACUACCGUUAUCCAGUCGGCAAAAUCUCCCUUCUCUCCAUCACCUUGAAGACCGCAUCGCGAUUCAGCAGAGCGAGAUCCAAUCCCUCCUUCAAGAAAAUCAACGGCUAGCCGCUGCACACGUCACGCUCAAACAAGAACUCUCCCUCGCACAACAUGAGCUCCGUCACUUAUCUUCUUCUGCUGCCAAAUUAAAAGCCGAGAGAGACGCUGAAGUGCGUGAGGUAUACGAGAAGUCGUUGAAGUUCGACGCGGAGGUGCGUGUAAUUGACGCACUGAAUGCUGAGCUGAAUGUGGUGCGGGCGGAUGUGGAGGAGCUCAGUGGAAUCAAGCAGGAGUUGACGAAACAGUUGGACGAAAUUAAUGAUGAAUUAGCAAAAGCUAGGGCAGAUUCAAAGGAUUUAACAGUGAUUAAGGCAGCGAUUGAGAACGUUCGUCAAGAAAUUCAACGAGGAAGGGCUGCAAUUGAAUGUGAGAAGAAGAAUCACGCUAGUAAUCUUGAGCAAAGUCAAAUAAUGGAGAAAAAUAUAAUUUCGGUGGCUCGUCAAAUUGAAAAACUACGGGCUGAGAUACCCAAUGUAGAGAAGAAAGCAAGAGCUGCCGCUGCAGCUGCUGGAGCAGCAAAUCCAGGUCCGGCCUAUUCUGCAAACUAUGGCAAUUCUGUAUAUGGAGAAAGUCUGUACACAGAUCCUUAUAACUUGCAUCAGGUUCAAGGUGGAGCUGAGCUUGGUCCUCAAUAUGUGUCUGGACAAGCAACACAUGGCCCUUACGGAUUGCAUGGAUCCCAUGUACAAUGACAGCCGAGUGUUGCAACUAUUUUUGUUCUCUUUCAGUUGGCUUAUAAUAGAAAGGGAAGCAAUGUUCUCUAGGUUUCAUUGCCGGGCUGCCUUACCCUGGUUAAAAUUUAUUGGCAUUGGUGUAAUUCUACAAGAAUACCAGGUUGAAUGCUAUGUGGGAAUAGCUACUGUGAGAGUGCCUUUGUUUUUUUUUUUUUACAAUUCUUAUUUAAAAAUAGAAGCGAUGGCUGGUGACAAAUUUAAGGCCUGCACUUUAUUCAAAUAUUUAUGAAUAUAGGAAAAUUAGGCUCUCUCACAUAAUCUUAUAACCAACUACACUGUAAUGAAGGUUAGACAAUUAUGGCACAAAUAUUUAAUACAAAUUUGUAAUACAUUAUUGGUUUCUGAUCCAA